CGCCGCUAGGGCAGCGCAAGGACGCCGGUGGCGCGCGGGACCGGUGCGCGUGCGUGCGGGACGGUGCAUGUUCGCUUCCCGGGAUCGCUAUGCGCGCGGUGCGGGUCGGGCUGACCCUGACCCUGGGCGCUGGGCUGGGCGCGGCGGCGGAGGGCUGGCGGCGGGGGCGCACGGAGGGGCGCGCGCCAGGGCUGCUGCUCCGGGUGCCGGUGCUGCCCGUGGCGGGCGCGGCCGCGCCGCCCGCCCCCCCCCGGGGGGGGCUGCCCGGAGUGGCGCAGCUCAAAAGCCGCGAGUCCUACGUGCUGAGCUACGAUCCGCGCACGCGCGGCGCGCUCUGGGUGCUGGAGCAGCUGCGGCCCGAGCGGCUGCGCGGCGACGGCGACCGGAGCGCGUGCGACUUCCACGAGGACGACUCGGUGCACGCCUACCAUCGCGCCACCAACGCCGACUACCGCGGCAGCGGCUUCCACCGCGGCCACCUCGCCGCCGCCGCCAACCACCGCUGGAGCCAGCGGGCCGUGGACGACACCUUCUACCUGAGCAACGUGGCGCCGCAGGUGCCACACCUCAACCAGAAUGCUUGGAACAACCUGGAGAAGUACAGCCGAAGCUUGACCCGCACCUACCAAAGCGUCUAUGUCUGCACAGGACCGCUCUACCUGCCCAGGACCGAGGCUGACGGCAAGUCCUAUGUGAAGUACCAGGUGAUCGGCAAGAACCACGUGGCAGUACCCACACACUUUUUCAAAGUUCUGAUCCUGGAGGCUGCGGGUGGGCAGAUCGAGUUGCGUUCCUAUGUGAUGCCCAAUGCCCCCGUUGAUGAGACCCUCCCGCUUGAGCGCUUCCUGGUACCCAUCGAGAGCAUCGAGCGGGCCUCAGGGCUGCUCUUCGUGCCCAACAUCCUGGCGAAAGCUGGAAACCUCAAGGCUAUCACUGCCGGCAGCAAAUGAGGGCAGACAACCUGAGACGCUGGGGUGAUGUGGCUGGGUCACAUUAAAGGUGGUUAUUUUUAGAGACAA